AUGGCUUCCAAUUUUCGUGAUAUGUCUGACAUACAAUGUAUUGAUCAGAAAAGCAGUGGCAGCGAUAGUAGCAGUACAGGAGAAGAAGAAAGACUGAGACAAUUGUUUCUAAGCUGUGAUUCAAAUAAUGAUGGGUGCUUAGAUUGUGAAGACUUAUACAAUAUGUGUAAGAAACUAAACAUGGCAGAAUGUGCCGAGGAAAUUAUAAACACACUUGGCGCUAACACUAAAGGGUGCAUUACAUUUGAUGAGUUCCUUAGCUGUCGAGAAAAAGUUUUUCAAAUGCAAACUGAAGCGGAUAAUAUAUAUUGCUCAAGAUCUGGUUUACCACAUCAUCUAAAUUAUAAGCAACCUGGAUUUAGUUGGCCUGUUUACACAACUGGUAAAUUGCACAUAGGGGUUAAAAAUGAUGGACAAGAAGUGAAUGAAAACUCUGUUCGCAAAAUGAACGAAAAUGUCAAUCUCGAGAGUUCUGCCAGCGAAACCAGCCUUGUUAACUCAGGCGCAGAAUAUGAUUCUGGAGCUCAAGAUCUUUGUGGUGAACCGCAAAGUUUACACUUGUUAAUGCAACGUGAUUUCCCUGACUUAUAUAAAAUUAUAUUUCCAUUACCUUUGAAUUCAAUGAGAAAUAAUUUUGAAAAUGAUACAAUGACAAAUGAAUUCAAUUUAUUAUCUGUCAGUAAUAUGGAUAAUUCUACAAAAGACUUACAGAAUCAAAAACUGACUAAUGCAAUAAAUAUUCAGUGUGUAGAUAAAUUAAGUAAUUUGCCAAGGCACAUAGAAGCAGAAUCACUUGGUAUAAAAUCAAAAGAAGUUGAGUCAAAUCACUUUUUAGAUAAUGUUCGACAUUUAUUUGAAUGUGCGAAUACUCUACAUGUACAACGGACGGCUCAAUUACGUUCCGAAAUUCGUGAUCUAUCUCACAGACUACAAGGAUUACAGACAAGUCGAGAUAUGAAUUAUCGUGAAGUACAACGUUUACAACGUGAAAAAGAACAAUUACGCAAUGAAUUAACUAAUCAAGUAUCACGUUAUGAAGAUCGUUUAACUGAAUUACAUAGUGUUAUUGCAGAAUUACGACGUCGUUUAGAACAUUCAGAAUCAAAUAUUAUACAUGAAGUAGAAGAGUUUGAAGAAAACGAUGGCGAUGAUGAUGAUAAUGAUAAUGAUGAAGUAAAUGAUAAUAAUGUAUUGAUUAAUUAUAAAUCAGAUAGAAAAUCAAGAAAAUCAAAAUUAUCAUUAUUAAAUACAUUCAAUACUAAUAAUAUCAAUGAUUAUUCAACGAAUCAAUAUGAAUUGGAUAAAGAGAUUAGUGGAAAUAGUGAUACAUCAGUUGAUGUUAUAAUGGAUGGUGAUGAUGAUGAUGAUGAUAAUGUUGAAGAUGUUGUUAGUCCAUCAAAUGAUACUACCAAUGAUAGAUUAAAUAAAUCUGUUGGAAUUGUAAGACAUUAUCAACAGUCACAACCAACUUCACAUAAAUUUUUAAUGCAAACAGCAAAUCUUACCUAUGAUCAAUUGAAUCACAAUCAUGAACUAACUUGUCUAGUUAGUAACAACAAUAAUAAUAAUGUGAAUACGGAGGGAGUAUCUAAAAAUUAUAACCAUGAUCUUUGUAUAAAAUAUGAAACAAUUUUAUCACAUAUGCAAGUCAAUUAA